AGUCAUUGAGGAAACGUUCACAUGUGUGAAGUCCGUAAAGCUCCGGGCAAAGUGUAGCAGUAGCUUAAUUUAUUAAACGUUAUUUAUUAGAACAAAAAAUAUAUUUAAUUUACAAACAAAGAUGGAUAGUUUUGGAUCAGAUUUUUCCGGAUCAGGAACUGGGAAGAUGGACACAGGCGCCAUUAUGGAACAAGUGAAGGUGCAGAUAGCGGUGGCUAAUGCUCAAGAGCUGCUACAGAGAAUGACAGAUAAAUGCUUUAAGAAGUGCAUCGGCAAACCAGGCAACUCGCUGGACAAUUCAGAACUGAAAUGCAUUGCCAUGUGCAUGGACCGGUAUAUGGAUGCCUGGAACACGGUUUCUCGUGCCUACAACUCGAGACUUCAGAGGGAAAGAGCGCGAAUGUGAUGCAUGAGUUCCAGCUUGUUCUGCCUAACUGUGACUUGGAUCCCUGGAUAAAGAGACUUUGGCCUUAAAACACAAUGAGCUAAAAGCCAUCAGAUGAACCAGGAGGUCAUGAGUUUUAGACUCAGAAUAAUCUUCAGGACAUUUUUCUUCAUUCUAUCAAUGAUUUGUGGAUGUUUUGGUUAAUUGUAUAUCAUCACUGUUAUAAGCAUCAAACCUUAACAUGUUGUAGGUUUAGAAAUAGAAUGACUUGAGUUUGAUCAGUGUUUAAAAUCCUGUCGUAAGUGUGCGAGCAAGUUUAGAUAACGCCAGGUUUGAUCAGUCGUGACUGAGCAGAUUGUUAGUCAGAUCAAGCUUGUGUGCACAGUGGCGCUUCUUUAGUUGGACUUGUCCUCGUGUGGACGUUGCAACCUCCCGCCGGGAUCGCCGAGUCGUCUCGUCUUCCCGUCCUCCGCUCCACAAACCUACUUCCUUUCACCGUGGACAAUUCAGGACCGUCUCUCUUUUCAUAACUGUAGCCUCUUUGCGAGGAAGCGCCACGCAGCCCUACUUUCUUACCUGCACCGAAACAAAAUGCAAUUGUCACAGGGAGAUUCUGGUUUGUCACACAAUCUCCUUACUACAAAAGUGGGUUUGUUUAAACACUGAUCACUUCACCAUGGAUCCUGCAAUAAAAGCAGCUUACAUUGUGUACAAAGCA